AUGCUCAUUGACGCUGAUGAGUUCUAUCAGGAUGUGCUGGACACUUCAUAUGGCUAUGCUUCAAACAAUCACAUGAGAAAAACAAAACCAAAAAAUCAUGCGGAGGAUGCGAAUUGCGGAGUCGAAAGUGAUGAAGGGUCAACUCAAGUCAACUUGUUUCUAAUCACCGUCAAAUGUGUUCGAUCGGAUGGACGCAACUUGUCCAAAAUUAGUGAAAGUCUACACAGCAUUUCUUCAAAAUCGUUUCUACGUACGGAAUUGAACAGUUCAUUACCGGAAAAUUUUGCUGUAGAAGUAGCAGUUCGUGCUGGAUGUAGUAGUGAUGCUGUUGAAAUGGCCCGCAACUUUGAGGAUGGACUAACUGGGAUAGACGAUCUUCUUCCUAAGAUGUCUGAAAACGAUGCCGCUCUUUUGUCUGCUCAGCUGGACAGAGAAAUAAAAAGUGAAUGGAAAUCCUCAUCCUUGCUAGGCCGCUUAGGCGUGGAUGAACCAGGCUUAGCUCCAUGUGACUCUAUUCUGCGCAUGUACGAUCUCCUCUGCAACAUUAAUUUUCAGCUUCUCGUUAUGCAACGAGAAUUAUUGAAGCAUGAAAGUGUAGUUCGCGAAGUUCGUGGUACCAAGGACGCGACAGCAUGUGGUUUCGAGGAUAUUAAUAACAAGGCGCAAUUAGGACGACUGAUACACUCUUUGGAUAUUUCGUCAGCUAGCCUUCGUGAUCGCAUCGAAAGUUUAAGUCGUGCACUAUUUGAGGACACCUGGAAACCUGAAAAGAAGACGAAUGAACUGUCCUACUACGCGCUACCGGCUUGCUUUGCAGUUCUCACGUUAGGGUGGCUAAUUGUUCGCAUGAAUGUGGUUGGUAUCAAGUAA